ACAAUAAUAAAAAAAACACAAACAUUUCUUACUUCAAAAAACCCUACUUUGCAUUUUGCAUUUUGCAUUGCCGCUGUGUUUUCCUUCCCUUACCUCAACUUCUCUUUUUCUCUCUCUUAAAUCUCCGACGCAUUCCAUUUCCACCAUUAACGCCGCCUCCUGCUAAAGAGAUGGGUGAGGAGGCAACUAAAGUUGUUGUUCCAGAGUCAGUUUUGAAGAAGCAAAAAAGGGAGGAAGAAUGGGCUUUGGCCAAGAAGCAGGAGCUUGAUGCUCAGAAGAAGCAGAGAGCAGAAAACAGGAAGAUCAUCUUCAAGAGAGCUCAACAAUACUCCAAGGAGUACGAAAAUCAGGAGAAAGAGGCCAUCUCCCUGAGAAGAGAGGCUAAGUUGAAGGGUGGAUUCUAUGUCGAGCCUGAGGCUAAGCUCCUCUUAUCAUUCGUAUUAGAGUAUCAAUGCAUGCACCCAAAAACAAGGUCGAUUCUGCAGCUUCUCCGAUUGAGACAGAUUUUCAAUGGUGUUUUCUUGAAGGUUAACAAGGCAACCUUGAACAUGUUGCACAGAGUUGAGCCCUUCGUUACCUACGGGUACCCUAACUUGAAAAGUGUCAGGGAAUUGAUCUAUAAAAGGGGUUAUGGGAAGGUCGACAAGCAGAGGAUUGCUUUGACUGACAACUCCAUUGUUGAGAAUACUCUCGGUAAACAUGGCAUCAUCUGUGUGGAGGAUCUCAUCCAUGAGAUCAUUACAGUAGGACCUCACUUCAAGCAGGCCAACAACUUCCUAUGGCCAUUCCAGCUCAAGGCUCCUUUGGGUGGUUUGAAGAAGAAGAGAAACCACUUCAUUGAAGGUGGAGAUGCUGGAAACCGUGAGAACUUCAUUAACGAGCUUAUCAGGAGAAUGAACUAGGGCGUCAUUUGCAUCCUUUAUUUUUGGAUCCUGUGUUUAGAUUACAACUUGAAAGUUUUGGAUAGAGUUUUUAAGAAUGAAUUCCGGUUGCUGUAGAAUUAUUUUUGCUUGUGAAUUAAAGUUUUGGAGAGACAUCUAUGUUUCAUUUCAGAUAUCUGUUUCCAUCUUUUAUUAAUAGGGGUGAUUUCCUUGUGAACACAA